AUGGCAGAAAACAACCUCCCGCAGGAUGAACAGACUGUGACUAUUCUGCUCCUCGGAGACCCGGGAUGUGGUAAAACAACGUUUCUAUCGGGCUUGAAAUCCAACCUUCGUAGACACCACGGACAGACGCCUAGUCAGGGAAAUAUUGAGGAAACCCUUUUACGGGACAGUGACCAGCCAUUUAUCUACGAAAUCCGCUUCUCAAAGAAGUCAUUCAGACUUGAAGUAUAUGACACCGCAAGUCCCAACCAACAUUGGUCUACUUUGCAGCCCGAUGUUAUACUUCUGGCAUUCGAUAUCUCUAAUAGAGAUACCUUGAAUAAUCUUCGCAAUUGGCGAAAUGAUAUCACCAGGUACUUUCAGAACGGUUAUGGCGAACGCAUACCGAUUAUGUUGAUUGGCUUGAAGAGAGAUCUUAGAGUGGAACGUGAGGGAAUUAUAUAUCCUCAAGAGUCGUAUCGGAUUGCGCAGGAACUUCGAUGUGAUCGGUAUGCGGAGUGCUCUGCUGUCACUGGGGAACUCUUACGAGAGACGUUUGAAGAUAUUGCGCGGCUUGCUGGAAUGACGACUACGGCGGCUGGAGGCCAAACUGCUGGCGCUUGUGUUAUUCUUUAG